GGCACUCGCAAUAACUCAUGGCCUCUCCAUCUCCCCAGGGCCGCAGCUUCACCGUGCGCGGAGUCGCUGCUGGCCUGGGCGUCGGCACCGUGAUAUGCUCUGCCAACAUGUACUUCGGCCUCCAGACGGGCUGGGUGUCCAUCAUGUCGAUGCCGUCCAGCUUGAUGGGCUUUGCCAUCUUCCAGCUGCUGAAGCCGCAUCUGCAGUUCCCCUUCACGCCGGUUGAGAAUGUGCUGGUGCAGAGCGUUGCCGGCGGCAUGGCCAUCAUGCCUCUUGGCUGCGGCUUUGUCGGUGUCAUCCCGGCAAUGAACUACUUGCUAGGCGCCGAUGAGCAGGGUCCCUUGUCACUGAGCAUGUGGCAGCUCAUUGUCUGGUCCAUCGGCCUCUGUUACUUUGGUGUCGUCUUUGCCGUUCCCUUGCGCCACCAGGUCAUCAUUAGAGAACGACUUAGGUUUCCCAGCGGCUUUAGCACCGCCGUGCUCAUUCGCGUCCUCCACGGCCGAGGCCAAAGCUCUUCUGCCCAGGAACUUGAUGCCGCCGCCAAGGGUGGAUUUGCCAGUCUUGCAGAUAGAGAUGACGAUCCUCUGUUAGUCGAUGAGACCAAUUCCAACGUAGCAGACGAAGAGCCAGAGGCGUCGCCAAAAGACGUGGACUGGGCAUACAACAUGAAGCUCCUGCUGGUCAGUUUCUUAGUGUCCGGCAUCUUCACCAUUUGCAACUACUUCCUGCCGAUCUUGAGAGACCUCCCCAUCUUCGGUACUGUUGCGGCCUCCGCUUGGCUUUGGACUUUGAACCCAAGUCUCGCAUAUGUCGGGCAGGGCAUCAUCAUGGGGACCGAGACAACGCUUCACAUGACUCUCGGCGCAGUUGUCGGUUGGGGUAUUCUGAGUCCCUUGGCCAAGAAGAAGGGUUGGGCCCCUGGGCCAGUGGACGAUUGGGAAAAUGGCAGCAAAGGUUGGAUUGUCUGGGUGUCUCUGGCCAUUAUGCUCGUCGAUGCCGUUGUAAGUCUGGCGUACGUUGCCCUUCGGCCUCUUUUCGCAACCCAUGCUACGAGAGCCUUUACUGCAUUGCGAGAACGGUUCCAACGUUCUAGGGUCGCCGUUUUGUUCGAGAGAAGCCAUCAAUACUCCCCAAUCCCUCACGGAGAGGAGGAUCAGGACGAGCCAGCAACUCCCGAUGAUGACAAUGCUUCCAUUGCCUCGAACGAUGAAGAUGCCGGCCUAGAUGACGCCCCAGCCGAGCAGCAAGUCAGCACUCGAAUUGUCACAUGGGGUCUUCUCGCAUCUGUCUUGCUCUGUAUUCUUACAACGCGCAUUGUAUUUGGCGACCUGGUACCCCUGUACGCGGUUGUUACUGCCGUUCUCAUGGCUCUGGUCCUGAGUAUCAUGGGUGUCAGGGCCCUCGGAGAGACUGAUCUCAACCCCGUUUCCGGCAUAAGCAAACUUGCGCAGCUUUUCUUUGCUCUGAUCAUCCCACAAUCUCACAAAUCUAGCGUUCUCAUCAACUUGGUCGCAGGCGCCAUCUCUGAAGCUGGUGCAUUGCAGGCUGGAGACUUGAUGCAAGAUCUCAAGACCGGUCACUUGCUCGGAGCUGCCCCCAAGGCGCAGUUUUGGGGACAGAUUAUAGGUGCAACGUGUGGUGCGCUGUUCAGUGCUUUUGCGUAUCGUAUCUACACGGCAGUAUACGAGAUCCCCGGCAAACUUUUCCAAGUUCCAACGGCCUACGUGUGGAUAUUCACCGCUAGGCUUGUAACCGGACAAGGCCUGCCGUACAUGGCCAAAGAAUGGGCGACUGGAGCCGGUGUUCUUUUUGCUGUCACUACACUGGCGCGAACUUUGUCUGUCGGGAAGCAAUGGCGUUCGCUGAUCCCUGGCGGCAUUGCCGUUGCAGUCGGCAUGUACAACGUGCCCUCAUUUACCUUGGCUCGAGCCAUUGGAGGAAUUUUUAGCUGGUACUGGUUGAGCGUACGAAAACGGUCAACCACGCCGCUCAUCAUCAUUGCAUCGGGCUUCAUCUUGGGAGAAGGUUUCCUGAGCAUUGUGAAUCUAUGGCUACAGGCUCUAAAAGUGCCUCACUAUUAGAAGCUUGCAAUGGCUAGCCAAUGACAACCUUUUCCUGUCCAUUCAGUACUCAUAAACUGCCUCUACCUCUCUACCUCUACGCCAACUUCCAGGACCAUUUCUUCUCUUCUUGACUUUCUGUGGAUUGGCCUUCAGGACUGCAUGUGACGUCAAUCUUCAGUGCUCUAGCGUUCUCCUCGAGAGCUGCAAAGGUGAUUUGCCCAGAGAUGGCACUUGGCAAUGUUGAAGGAGGGUUCUUCGGUGGCACCAUAAGCAGGCCUUGCUUCCAAUGGGUCACGGUGCCGGAUGGGCCCGUUGUAAAUGCUACAUUGCCUGAUUUCGCCUUUAUAAACACCUCGGGGGUCACCUCAGGCUCUGGCAUAGGCUCACUGCGAGAAGUGGCGAAGAAGUUGUCGAACCAGAUCAAGAAGCCGUCCAAGCCAUCCCGAGGCCGCAGCAGCCGUGACUGCCACUUGGCUGUGAAGGACAGCUCUUCUGGCUUAACAGUGUGGAGGUCGAGUGUCUUAAAGGGGUAGGGCUCUCCGCAGAGAGCGGCCUGGGGCAUUGCCUCGACCCUAACGUCAUCAUAGAUGCCUUCUUGCAUAGCUUUCAUGUCGAAUCCAUAGACGUCUCUCCAAAAUGACACAAAUUCUGACAUGUACUCUGUAUCUUGCACGGGAGCCACCCAGAUAGUGGCAGAGCUGGGAACCAGAAGGCCAUCUGGCUUAAGAUACUUAUCUCUAGCGUAGAGGACGCUCGGAAGCAUGGCCUCAUACAGCAGGCAGUAGCCCAUCCACUCGCUGACGAUAAUGUCGACUUGGUCAACAGGCAGCUUAACCUCCUCGAUGGCGCCUUUGAUGCAAGUGAUGAUAUCAGAGAGGCCAUUGUUAAAGAUGUUUUCCGUUGCCUUCUUGAUGAUGUCUGCGUUAUCAACAGCGAUGACUUGAGCCGCACCAGCUUUAGCACAGAACAUGCUCAGAAUACCU